AUGGAGAAUUCUGAAAAGCUCGUGGUUUAUUACUCGUGUUUUAACUAUGAAGUCGAUCCUCAAGAAUUUCCACAUAUAGAACUGCUCAGAAAUACCUUACUUUCGCUUCUUGGCGAAGACUGGCGACUUGCGCUUCAACGAGAACUUGAAUUUUUGAACAUAAGGCUGGCGAAAUAUUGUCUAGAAGUCUUGAUUGAAAUCUUCCUCAGCAUAAUUCAGAGAUCCUAUAGUAUCGAUUUCGGCACAUUUAAGCAAACUUUCAAGGACGAGCUGUCUUUAAACUCAAUUUGGACUGAAGCCAAUUCAGAAUGCGCUUGCCUUGAAUCAUUGUUAUAUAAUUUCUUUUUAGCAAUGAUGAGUUUGCAAAUCGACAUAAACCUUCAGCAGAUUGAAUUUAAAGUUCUGCCAAGUGCUCGGGUUAAAUCUCAACUACAGCCUCUUAUAGUUGCACAAGAAGAAGUACAAACUUUUGCUUCUAGAGUUUGUAAAGUACUGAAAAGAGCCAGUUUGCCACUUGAAGCGAUUAUAGGCCCAGAAACUCUUUCAUCUCUUUCACGAUAUAUAACUCCUGAACCUAUAUAGAUUUCACUAUAAGCCAAUCCCAAAUAGACGAUUAGCUUGCAUUAACAGUCUAUAUCUAGAGAAUGAAAUAAUUUGCCAUGAACACUAAGCACUAAAUUUUUUUUAUAUUUAAAUUUAACUAAACUUAACCCAAAAGUAAAGGAAUUUCUAUAAAAGGCAAGUUUUAUUACCGAAAAAAGUUAAAUUUUCUUAAUUCAUGCUCAAAAGCUCUUUCUACAUGUGAAUAAUGAUCCUGCAGCUCAAAAUAAGAUAAUCUGCAGUAAGGACAAAUCCUUAUAGAAUCGCAAUAGUAUAGCCAGUGAAUGGCUGAGUGCAGCAAAUUGUGUACUUCAGUCCCGGACGACUUGUCAAGCAAAUUAUGUAUCGAAGGAGUCUUGAGUCCUAAGAGACUGAGUGAAUCCGAUCCUAAGGAGAUCAAGCGAAGGUCUCUUCAGUGUUUGCUUCUAAAUACCUUUUCAAAGUGCCAUUUUCCUCGCUCUUGGCAAACGAGCUGUCAUUGCUGCAGUGAGAAGCGAAUUCAUUAUCCGACAGAAUGACUUGCUCUAGGACUCUCUACCUGUCUUGCUGAGUACUUGUCUUGUCUUGAUUGAGACUGAAAAGAAUGCACUCUGGCUCAUAGCAGUAGGCCAAGGCCUUAAGAUAAUCCUUUCCGAGUCGUCUAUUUAAUUUUACAUGGAAAACAGGAUUGUAGGAUUAUGGUUGAGUGCCAUUUCGAGUUACUGCUUUCUAGUUCCCUUGAUAGGAAAUUACGAUAAAGGGAGCCUUUAUGCACUUAUAUUGCAUAUAGGCUAUUUUAUUCCUGAUAUUUCGCUUUGCCCAAUCCCCUUUUUCGCAUCUGCUUACAUAUCGACCCAGCCACUUCCGAUUAUAUCCCGAAUCCAGCUUCAACCUCUAAGUGAGCUUGAGACAGUGAAAUCUAAUUUAUUCUUACUUCUUGACUCGCUGGAUUUUGUUGUGUUCGUUCCAUUUUUUAUUGUAUAUUUUGACAAACCAAAUAAAAAUUGAAAAUGGAAAUGAAUAAUCUUGCAAACACUCAAAUCUAACAGCUCAACAAGCAGACUUGCUUGCCCCUUUCAACUAUGAUCGAAAUAUUUUUGUUAAAGCAUGCAAUAUAAGCCUAGUUGGCUAUAUAAUGAUUCCUUAGAUCAAAAGAUCUCUGAAAUUUAAGUAACCAAGCUCAAUGCAAAAUGAAAAUUUUCGCAAUGCUGACUUUUAUCAUCAAAUAAAAAAAGAUUUAGUUCCUUAUUGUUUUUAUAAUAAAAAAAUUACAUUAGAAAAGUUUAUUUUAAAUGCAAUUAAUAUGUACGAUUUGACUUGAGUGAUUAAUUAACUUUUCUAUUGAAAUUUAUACUAAAAAAAUUAUGUAAAUCAUUUAAAUAUUGUUUUAUUAAAAUAGACUUUGGGCAUUUGAAGAUAUUUAAUAGAUGUGAUAGUGCUUGAUAUACCUCAAAAUGAGCUGGAAUCUUAAGCGUUGCAAGUUCUCAAUAUCCGAUAAAUGAUCUUGAUUUCAGAAUGUCUCCAAACAUCAUCGCCCUGGUGCACAGCUCGGAACUUUUUUUGGAUCUAUAUAUAGAAAAGACAUUUUUAUUUGAAAUUUGAUAAAUUCAAUGUUCGAUAAAUGAAAACCCAACAAUAUUGCACAUCUCAAAAUGAGCUGGAAUCUUAAGCGUUGCAAGUUCUCAAUGUAUGAUAACUGAUUCUGCUUGUAGAAUGUCUCUACCAUUACCGCCCUGGUGCACAGUUCGAAACUGUUUUUGGAUCUAUAUAUAUAAAAGCCAUAUUUAUUUGAAAUUUUAGAAAUUCAACGUUUGACAAGAAAAAUUCAAUGGUACGACAUGUCUCAAAAUAAGCUGGAAUCUUAAGCGUUAUAAGCUCUCCGUGUUUGACAAAUGAUUCUGAUUGUAGAAUGUUUUCACGCACCAUCGCCCUGGUGCACAGUUCGGAGCUUUUUUUUGAUCCAUAAAAUCCUUUAAGUUUUCAUAGAAUCUUCACCACUUUUUGCAACAGUUCUUCGCAAUGGACUCCUUUAAGAGCUUUUAUAGGGAUGCUAUUAUUAAAAAAAUAUAUUUCUCAUUGUCCUUAGCUGCUAUAUCUAUUACUCAGCAUCUUUACAUAGAUUUCCCGAGGUUGUCGAUAAAAGUUAAAUAGUCCUAUUCGAAAUAUUUACAAUUGAAGUUUUUCCUGAAUGAUGAUUGUGUUGCAAGUUUAUUUAUUUCCAUUUUCAAUUUUUAUUUGGUUUGUCAAAUAAUUUGGCUUGCAAAUAUGCAAUAAAAAAUGGAACGAACACGACAAAAUCCAGCGAGUCAAGAAGUAAGAAUAAAUUAGAUUUUACUAUCUCAAACUGCAGGAAAUCACGAUAAAGGGAGCCUUUAUGCACUCUAUUGCAUAUAGGCUAUUUAUUCCUGAUACUUUGCUUUGCAUAAUCCCAUUUUUUGCAUCUGCUUACAUAUCAACUCAGCCACUUCCGAUGAGAUCCCGAAUCCAGCUUCAACCUGCUAAGUGCAAGGGAACUAGAAAGCAGUAACUCGAAAUUGCGCUCAGCCAUAAUUCUACAAUUAUCUUUUCCAUGCAAAAUUAAUUAGGCGACUCGGAAAGGAUUAUCUUAAGGCCUUGGCCUACUUCUAUGAGCCAGAGUGCAUUCUUUUCAGUCUCAGCCAAGAACAGAACUCAGCAAGAGAGUUAGAGAGUCCUAGAGCAAGUCAUUCUGUCCGGAUACUGUAUUCGCUUCUCACUGCAGCAAUGACAGCUCGUUUGCCAAAAGUGAGGAAGAAUGGCACUGUGAGAAGGUACUUAGAAGCAAACAUUGAAGAGAUCUUCGCUUGGCUCUCCUUAGGAUUGGAUUCACUCAGUUUCUGAGGACUCAAAACUCCUCCCAUACAUAAUUUGCUUGACAACUCGUCCGGGACUGAGGUGCACAAAUUUGCUGCUCUCAGCUAUGCGCCAGUUCUGUUAUUAUGAUUCUCUAAGGACGUGUACUCACUGCAGGUCCCCAAUAUUUUGAGUUGCAGAAUCAUUAAUCACAUGAAGAAAGAGCUUUGAGCAUGAACCCAGAAAAUUAACUCUUUUCGGUAAUAAAACUUGCCUUUUAUAGAAAUUCCUUUUUACUUUUGGGUUAGGCUUAGUUAAAUUUAAAAUUUAAAAAUAAUUUAAGGUUCAGCGUUCAUGGCAAUUUAUUUCAUUUCCUCAAUAUAGUCUGUUAAUACAAGCCAGUCGUCUAUUUGGGAUUGGCUUAUAGUGAAAUCUCUAUAUAGGUUCAGGAGUUAUAUUGAUUCUCUAUCAAACAGAGUACUUUCUACGUUCCAAGUGACAAGCCAGUUUGUCACAAAUAUUAUUGAAGUGAAUCCUUUUAAUAUGAAUGUAAAAGUAAGAGUUAUUCAACCUGCCAGGGACUUUUAUGAUAAAGCGAUUGAAAUAUGACUGACCUUGGGGGAACAGCUUAAUUCUACAGAGUUUGUGCUGUCUAUUAAAGCAAAAAUGGGUGUUUGCUGGACAGAAAAGCUAUUAAAUCCUGCAUUGCAUUUUUAUGAAAUUGCGAAAGAGGAAUGAAUCAAGUCGAAAGGAGUAGGGAUUGAUUAUUUUACACGAAGACUCAACGAAAGGCUCUGGGAAAUCUGGAGACAGUCAAUCAUUGAAGCUUCUAAGACUUUCCAAGAGCAUAUGAUUCCAAAAACCGUAAUUUAA